AUGUUAAACUUUUUAAACAAUUCUGAUUCUUUUUUAUUAUCAUGUUCUUUUAAAUUUUGGCGCCCAAAUCCCCCCCCACCCUCUUUCUUUUUUUUCUUUUUUACAAAGACUUUCUUUUCUUUGUCUCUUGUCACCUCAGCUGUCUUUUUGGAGUUUUUUCUCUCUCUCUCUUUGUUUCUUGGCCUCAUGAGCUGUCCUUCUAGACAAAGACUUUCUUUUCUUUUGUCUCUUGUCACCUCAGCUGUCUUUUUGGAGUUUUUUUUCUCUCUCUCUCUCUCUCUCUUUGUUUCUUGGCCUCAUGUAGCUGUCCUUCUAGACAAAGACUUUCUUUUCUUUGUCUCUUGUCACCUCAGCUGUCUUUUUGGAGUUUUUUUUCUCUCUCUCUCUCUCUCUCUCUCUCUUUGUUUCUUGGCCUCAUGUAGCUUUCCUUCUGGAAUUUUUUUCUCUUUGUAUCUAGCUGUCUGUCGAGGUUUUUUUUUUCUCUUUGUUGCUUUAUCUAAGUCUAAGGUGUCCAUCUGUGUUUUUUCUGUUUGUCUCUUGGCCUCAAUAGCUGUCUGUCUUGAUUUUUACUUUGUGUCUCUUUGCCUGUACUUCUGUUUUUUUUCUCUUUGUCACUUGGCUUCUGGUAGGUGUCCACCUGGGUUUUUACCAUUUGUUUCAGGUAGCUCUCCUUCUGGGUUUUUUUCUCGUUGUCUAUCUCAGCCUCAAGUAGCUAUCCCUCUGGGUUUUUACAUUUUGUCUCUUUGCCUAGGGUUACUGUCCUGUUUAUUUUUCUUUGUCACUUUGUCUCAGAUAGCUAUCUGCCUGGAUUUUUACUCUUUGUCUCAAGUAGCUGUCCUUCUGUUUUUUACUCUUUAUCAUUUUGCCUCAGGUAGCUGUCCUAUGUUUUUUAUAUUUAUCUCUUUGCCUCAGAUAGCUGUCCUACUUUUUGUUUCUUUAUCUCAGGUAGCUGUUCCUCUAAGCAUUUUCUCUUUGUCUCUUAGCUGUCCGUUUGGCUUUUUACUCUUUGUUUCAGGUGUCUAUCCUUUCGGUUUUUUUCUCUUUGUCUCAGAUAGCUGUUCAUCUUGUUUUUUUUUCUCUUUAUCUCUUGGCCUAAUUAGCUGUCCUUUUGGAGUUUUUUUUCUAUUUGUCUCUUUACCUCGGGUAUCUGUCCUUCUAUUUUUAGUCUCUUUGCCUCAGAUAUCUGUCUGUCUGGGUUUUUACUCUUUGUCUCUUGACCUCAGGUACACGUCCAGCUGUUUUUUUUUUAUUCUUUGUAUAGAUGUUUUUUCUGUUUUUUGUUUCUUUACCUCAGGUAGCUGCCCAUCUGGGUUUCUUCUGUUUGUCUCUUUGCCUCAGGUAGCUGUCCCUUUUUUCUUUCUCUUUGUCUUUUUGCCUGUUAGCUAUUUUUCUUUAUUCUUUAUCUAUUUGCCACAUGUAGCUAUUCAUUUGAAGUUUUCUCUCAUUGUCUCAGCCUCAGAUAGCUGUCUUUUUAAGGUUUUUUUCUUUUUCUAUCUUGGUUCACUCAUGGAACUGUCCUUUUAA